AUGGAAAUUGGAGACAAAAAAGGAGAAGCAGCAGUUUAUAGAAAUUUAGCGACACUGUUCAAAAAGCUUGAUGAUAAAUUUGAUAAGACACAAGAAUAUCACGAGAAAGCACUGGCGAUUAGAGUGGAAAUUAAAGGCAGAAGAGCAGAAGCAGCGGAUUAUGGAAUUUAAACAUAGGAACAGUAUUUAAGGAUUACUUGGUAAAUUUGGAAUGGCUCAAGAAUAUCUCGGGAAAGCACCCACGAUUAGAAUGGAAAUUGGUCACAAAAGAAGGAGAAGUGACGGAUAAUGGAAACUUAAAAACAGUGUUUCAAUUGCUUGGUAAAAUUGACAAGGCUCCGUAA